AAUAUUCCGGUCAGUGGAAAGAAGAACCUCACAGGAAAACAUCGCCGGAAAAUGGACGAGUCGUGGAGAAUGCGAAUGGGAUUGACGCCGGCCCUCCCACGCCGGCGAUCCAUGGAGGAUCGCUCAUCUUCCCGGACACGGCGGUCCAUCUUCGCCGGAGCCUCCAAGCCGGAAUCGAUGGACCCCGACGACUUCGCCGACGUCUUUGGUGGCCCUCCCAGAAGCCUCCUCGUGCACAAGUUCUCCAGGUCCAGUUCCUUCUACGAGGAAAUUUUCCGGCCGCCUGAGUUCACAUCUCCGGCACUGGCGAAAGGCCGGAGCUUGCCGGUGUUCCGGAUUCCGGCGAAGAACGAGGCGUUUUACAGCGACAUAUUCGGGUCUGACGAUGACCGGAAGUCAAGAGAGCGGUCGGGGCCGCAAUCGAAAGCAAAAUCAAAGUCCAAUUCAUCGUCGGUGCUUAGUUCCGAGGAGUUGAGCCCUCUCCGGCCGGCGAUCGGUGAUGACGUGGCAUUGUCUGCCUUUGUUUCGAAGCUCAGGCCAAUCAAUGUCCCAUGCAGAUGGAACUCAUCUACUAUGAUGUCUGAGGAACACCCAAUUAAACAAGGGAGGCCGCUUUUUCCAUGCAAUGGUCAGCCAUUUGAAAUUCAUAGUGAGGAUAAUGAGUACAAGGAGAACUUCAAAAGUCCUCAUUUAGGAUUCUCAAGAAGAGUCUCGUCUCCUGAAACAAUUAGCCUUGAAUCAAACUCAUAUCAAAGCAUGAAGGUAUCCAAUGAUGAUUGGGAACUCAGUUCCCCAUUUUCUGCUGUCUCUGGACUCUGUCAAGAACCUGAGGUCAAAUCUUCAGUUCAUGAUUAUAUUCUUCCUGAGCUAGUAAUAGAACAGGAUGAUGAUGAAGUUAUGAGCUCCUAUGUCAUAGAAGUCAACUCCAACCACAGAGAGGAAAAUUGUGGCGCAGCAGACAUUGAUGAAGCAAUUGCAUGGGCCAAAGAAAAGUUUCAGUCACGAAAUUCUGAUGAAGAACCAAGCUUGAGAAAUGAUGGCAAUGAGCACACUACAGGGAUCGAAGGAAGGUCUGAUGCAGGCGAAUAUGACAACGAAGGAAUGGGAAAAGUUAAAUCUUCUAAGAAAGUACAGACAGAAACAGAGAAGUUGGACAGAGAUAUAAGAUUGUGGUCAUCUGGCAAGGAAACUGACAUCCGGCUACUACUUUCGACACUACAUCAUAUUUUAUGGCCUGAAAGUGGCUGGUAUGCUGUUCCUCUUAUGAACCUAAUAGAAAGUUCACAAGUGAAGAAGGCCUAUCAGAAAGCAAGAUUAUCCCUCCAUCCUGACAAACUGCAGCAAAGAGGAGCAACAUUCCUGCAGAAGUAUAUAGCAGAGAAGGCCUUCUCCAUUCUACAGGAUGCAUGGACUGCAUUCAUUUCUGAAGACGUUUCGUUCUAAACAGCAGGUGACCCCAUAACUCAGUUUUGGUUUAAAGCUCGUGGACAAACAUCAAGCUAGACAUUUAGAAUGAUGGAAGUGUUCAUUUCCACGCAGCAAAUACACAUUAUGUACAUGAAAUUUGUAGAAAUAGUUGACGGAUGGGUCUACUGUUAUAUUUGUGUUUGUAUCAUAAGUUGUUUGAUGUUUUUGUAGGUAACUGUAAGUUAUUUGGUUGGUUUCAGUAUUUUAUUUGUAUAUGAUGACAUGGAACCAAGAAAUUAGUUUUUGAUACUCUAAAGGAACCCCAUUUCAUUCCAGUCUC